UCUGGCUUUUAUCAGACGAGCUGAUCUUGAGAAGUUCAUCAGACUACAGUCAUCUACAGUAUAUCUAUUUACUUCAAAGAUGUCCUACCCAACAACUCUGUAUAAAAUUGGUGGUGGAGGAGGUUCUUCAUUUUCAUUUACGGGUGAGGACAAUGGUGCCAGUUUAGAGAAGAUCGGGGUCUGGGUGGGAGGAUCUCAGGUGAAGGCUGUCAAGGUUUGGCUUUCAGAUGGCAGAAGUGAUACCUUUGGAAAACCAGCCGGACCGUAUCAAGAGUACAAGUUCAGGCCUGGUGAGUGUUUCACCUCACUGUCCCUCUGGGGGAACGGAGCAGGAAAACGUCUUGGAGCCAUCAAAUUCAAGACCAACAAGGGUGGAGAAUUUUUUGCAUUGAUGACAAGCUGGGGUUUAAAAACAGAAUAUCCCAUCGAUGUUGGCUCUGGUUAUUGUUUGGGAGUUGAAGGAAGAUCUGGUGAAGAUAUUGACUGCAUGGGAUUCAUGUUUCUCAAUGCGGUUCAAUCAACAGUUCUCACCAAUGUCAACUAUCCCACAAUAAACCAACUGAUACCAAAGAUGACGGUGGAAGAGAUCAAAUCUGUCACUUACAGAAACGGCUCUUCUGCCGAGCAACCACAAAAAAUUGAAACCUCAAAGACAUUGACCAAAAAAUCUUCAUGGUCGAUGAGUAACAGCUUUGCAGCAACAUUUAGUGUGGAAGUGAAGGCAGGGAUUCCAGAGGUUGUAGACGUUUCUACAGGAUACAGUUUCAGUGUUGGAUCAGAAAGCACCUAUAGUCUGGAGCAGACAGAUGAGAGAAAGGAAACUCUGUCUUACACUAUAAAUGUGCCACCUAAAAAGAUGGUGGAUGUUGACAUCACCAUCGGCAGAGCUGUGUCUGACCUGCCUUACACUGGCACAGUGAAGAUCACUUGCAAGAACAGCAGUGUGGUACAGUAUGAAACCAAGGGCCGAUACAAAGGCAUCAUUUACACUGAUAUCAAAGUGAAUAUUCAAGAAUCCGAUCUGUGAUCUGCGUGUCAAGACAGAUUGUUUUUGGCUGGUCUUUUUCUGAUUUUACCAGCAAUGUGUCAGUUGUUCUACAUUUAAUUAUCUUGUUUGAGCCUUUUUUCCUCUGGUCCAUUUCCAUUUCUGGUCCAAAUGGCACUUUGCUCAAUGAUUUUAAACAGGGGUAACACAUACUGUGCAUUAUUUUGUCUAAAUAAUCUUUUCUGAUUCUAUUACAAAAUAUACAUAUAGCUCCAUACUUUGUGUAAUCACCUUAUCAAUAUUCACUAAAAUCUCUAAUAAUUUGAUUAUUUGAUGUACUUCCUCACAUAAGAAUUUCAAAUGUGUUUACUCUUACAUUUAAUAAAAGCAUUAAAUGAG